AUGCCCUGCUGCGGAGAUCGUGAGAAGGGGGUUGUCUCCCAGGAGGAGAAAUGGGACUAUAUAAACCUGAAAGACUUUAAGUCCGAGUCCUGCCUCACUCCGUUCUCCUACUUUUUCCUUUGGGUCUUCUUGCUGAUUUCGCUGGCGGUUUACGCCGUCGACAUCUUCACUGCCGUCAACCUACUGGCUUUCUCUCGUUGGGCUGGACAAAUCAAACCCGCAAUUCCAUUUCAGAUAUCGCGAUGGAUUUUCGCCGUCUGUAUUAUCAUCUCCUUUGUUCUCCUCAUCUUGCGCUGGGUGAAUGCGAUUCGAGCCAUCCGCUCCGGUAGUAUUGCGCAGAGUUAUCUGAACUCGCUUGCUGUACGAAUCCAGAGUGUUCGCAUGGGGAAGACUGGUCGCGGGUGGAAAAGGUUCCUUGUCUUUGCCGAGCUGACCAAAAGCAAAAAGGGCGCCGAGUAUGUCGCUCUGUUUGCGUAUUUUUCUUUUGAGACGUGGAUGAAUACUAUUUUCGCCGAUGGUCCGCGCCAGGUAGUCAAUGCCCUCACGCUUUAUUCUGUAAUGCAGCUUGAUCUUCUUCCUGGAGGGCAGAAUGCGGCCCACAGCGAUUCACCUGCCGUUGUACAAUUCUUCAACAAUGUUAAGAUUUUGGCCGAGCAAAACAACCUGCGCGCUCUGAUCCUGUUCGGCAUGCUCUUCACCCUGGUUAUCUGGGUCCUGUCGAUUAUUAAGCUGGCCCUUGCGAUCAUCCUCUACCUGAUCUUCCUUUUCCACCACAUUCCGGCCGACGACGGCUCGUUGAAGACAUAUUGUCGGCGCAAAAUCAACACCCGCCUCAUGCGCAUUGUGCGGCAAAAGGUUGACAAAGCACUAGCCAAAGGGAUUGCACUGCAAGAUCGGGCACCCACUCGACCUCACCUUGGCUUGGACACGAAGCCAACCUUACCGGCUGUCGGUGGCAAUGAGGAUGACAAGGGGCCUAUCGUCACGACAAUCUCGCGUUCUACUACCCAGACGACACUUCCGCCAUACUCAUCGCGCCCCGGGACCGCUGGACCAGACCGAAACCCCAAGCUUCCGGAUGUAGCAAUGUUUGAGGAAAACCCACCAUUGAGCCGCACCCUAACGAAAUCCUCGGCCUAUUCCGAUGCUGCUUCGAUAUCUGGAAGCACGGGGGUUUCUGGAUACAGUCCCCUUGAUCGUCAAACAUCGCCAGCGCCGCCCGUGCCGCCUCUGCCGAAUCAGGUACCUGUGCCCCUCCAGCGCAACCAAGUGCCAAUGUCGCGGUCAGACUUUAUGCCCGCGCCACUUUCUUCGGCUCGUAACUCGGGUCCUAUGACUCCUGCAGCUCGAUUUGGGCAGCCAGGAGACGACUAUGAGGCCUAUUCAUCCCAUGAUCAGCCUUCGAGCGCUUACCAUUCCUAUGGCCCAGCGACCGGCCCAACGGCACGGUCGAGGGCAGCAGGCGUGGCCGUUUCAUCCAGCGAUCGCGGGCCUACCUGCAUGUUCUCCCCUUCGGGUCCCCGGGUGGGUAGUACCCCUCGCCCAUCACAUCCACAUUCUGCGUAUGCGUUCCCCCCGCGAUCGUAUACACCCGCCAGCUCAAGUGUGAAUCAAUCACAGCCAAGUUUGCGCCCCGUGGAUGGUACACUAAUGAGGUCUUUCCCCUAUGUUGGUCAAAGGGAAACACCAGGUCCUCAAGAGCCAAAUGGCUACUCGGCCUUCAACCAAUCGUCCCGGAAUUCCCCUGAGCCUGCCUCUGAUGUACAAAACCUGAGCCUUCCAGUCUACACUCAGGAGCAACUCAGGCCUUCGCCGCCGAACCAACUCCGCACAGGACCACCGUCGUCUGUGAGAGCUUAUACUCCCCGGGAGUAUGCUCCUCAGCCUCAGCCUCCUCGAGAAGAUUUCUUCUAA